UAACUUUAUCACAGAAAUUUCAUCCCGAUUGAAUCAAACUUUGCGAUAAUGGUAACACUUUUUGCCCUUAUCUUACUUACACUUACAGACAGACAACGUCCAUUCCGAGCCGGUGCUGCUGGUAGUGGAGGUGGCCGUCCGUUGCAGUUCAUGUCGCAGCACUGACCAGCCAGCCAGCAGCAGGACCAACCAAACGACCGAACGACCAUCACAAUAGCCAGAGACGGCCAAGGGCGAUGGUGGUGGUGGUGGUGGUGGUGGUGAUGACCGAACGGCUCUCAUCCUAGGCGACCACGGCGACGGAGAAAGGAGAAACUUUUUAAUGGAAACGCCAAGUGCAACUUUAUCGUUCAACUAUGUUUAAUCGCCAAAAUGAUACAGUUCUGCUUAACAGUGCUACUUUUCCUAGUCUCACCGGUGCUCAGUGUUGACUGGACGGCGAGCUGUCCGGCCAGUUGCAUCUGCAAGUGGUCCAGCGGAAAGAAAUCGGCCCUCUGCAACAAUCUCACCAUUUCAUCGAUCCCGGCGAACCUGUCCACCGAGCUGCAGGUGCUGGUGCUGAACGACAACAACAUCGCGUACCUCAACCGGGAAGAGUUCACCAGCUUGGGCUUGGUGAACCUGCAGAAGAUCCACCUGAAGCACUCCCGGGUGAAGUACGUUCACCGGGAGGCUUUCACCAAUCUGAAGAUCCUGAUCGAGGUGGAUCUGAGCGAGAAUGAGAUCGAAUCGUUGGAUAAGCAAACCUUCGCCGGUAACAAUAGGUUAAGGAUAAUUUAUUUGUACAGUAAUCCGUUAAAGCACUUGGUGUCGGAUCAGUUCCCAGUGUUACCAUAUCUGAGGAACAUCGAUCUGCACAAUUGUCAGCUGAAUAGCAUAGCCGAAACGGCAUUCUCCAACUUGGAGUUGUUGGAAUUCCUGGACUUGACGAAGAAUCAGCUGGAAUAUUUGCCGCACUACGUGUUCAACCAUAUGAAGAACCUGAAGACGCUGCUGCUGGAGGAGAAUCCUUGGAACUGUGACUGCCACCUGCGAGAUUUCCGAGGGUGGUAUUUGAACAAUUCACUAAACAGGAGAAGCUUACAGUGCCAUCGACCGUUCAGUUUGAAGGGCCUAACGUGGGAGUCGGUGGAGACGGACCAAUUCGGGUGCGUUCCACACGUGGAGGUGUUCCGAGAUAAUGCCGAUGACAUUGAGGAUUUGGGGGCGAACAUUACCUAUCGCUGCUUGGUUUAUGGGGAUCCGGAGCCAUCAGCGACGUGGGAUCUCAACGGGAAGAUAGUGGAUCAGGAGCUGGUGGAAACGGAGCGGGUCACAAGGAUCGGUGAGCAGACGAUCAUAUGGAGUAAUCUGACGAUACUGAACAUCACCAGUAACGAUUCGGGGUACUACACGUGCACUGCCAGCAACAAGAUCGGAUUCGAAAGCAAGAACUUCAGUUUGAUACUGCCGGAGGUGGUGGAACGGGUGAUCAUCAAGACACCGGAGACAUUUUGGUACUUUGGGUUGAUUCUGGGAAUUUUCGGGACGAUAUUUGGAUUGCUUUCGUUGUCCGUGGUGAUCUGCUUAUGUAAGAGAAAGUUCCGAACACGGCGAAGAAAGAAGAAUAUCAAAAGUAGCGUAAGUUUCAACGACCAAGAGAAGAAACUGCUCGAUUUGAGUAUAACGACCAACGAGCGACAGGAGUUCAGUGCGAGUGACGUGAUGACUCCUUCGACGAAGACGGAUUCCACGAUAGCGAUGGAACCGGUGCAGAUAACCAUCGAGUCGAUAGCGGCUAAACGGGAAGAAUUCCCGCUAAACGUGGGGGUAUUUCCACCGCCGCCGGAGUUUUGCUCCCAGAUGGUCCCGAAUCCAGCGUACGGCAACAUCUUCAUUUCCGUAUCGGUGACGCAGGAUGCGUUGGACAAUCCCGAUCUGAACAUGUAUCCCGAUUUAUUGAACAUUCCAAAUCGAGCGAAAGGAAAGCUGAUUCCGGUGAAUGUGUCUUCGUAUGCGACGCUGCCUCGGAAGAACCGACCAGCUCUGACGGCGUCAUCUUCCGCCUGUAGUAGUCAACCGCCCUCGCUAACGGCGGUUGCUCCUCCAACGAUUCCAACGCAACAUUCCACCGCGUCGACCAGUGGUGUGAUAGCGCCGGUGGAAACCCUCCAGCUGCAGGACAGUAUCGUCAAUUACUCGAACAUCGAAGAGUCGUGCGAGAUCACCGGUCUCAACAACAAUCCGGCUGCCAUGUGCCAGGAGUGCAGCAAACUUAUCAACUCCUCCGCCAAAAUGAACGUCAGGUUCAGCAAAGCUGAGCUGGUCAACAGGUGCGAAAACAGCUUCCCAUGCUUGAAGUACGACAACAUGGGCCGACGGUACACUGCGAGUGGUAACUCCACAAUGUCCCUACCGGAGGAGAAUCGCCAGGUUGUGCUGGAGCAGGAGAGUAUAUUCAUCAAGCAGGAGAUUGAACCGAUCAAGGAAAUCCCGACGCCUCCGCUAGCACCAGCGACUCCGACCGGUUCGGGACUCAGCCCUGGACCUUCCGGACUCGGCCCGGCCGCUGUAUUCGUGACAGGAAACGAUUUUGUCUCGCUGUAGUGCCCCUCCCAAAUCCACGCGAUAGUACAAACUUCAUCAUCCCCUCAGAACCCAUCCUCCCCACAAGCGUAUGCAUGGAUCCUAAGUUGACAACGCAGACGGAACCGGUGGUGCAGCCUAGAAAAGAAAUAAGGGCAAUGCCCUUUGGAAGCGAUCGCCUGUUUUAUAGAUGCCACAGAGAGUAAAAAAACAUAAACGAACCACAAAGUGUGAUAUAACGAACCUAAUUACAGUUAAGGUACACCAUAAUCAAUAUGAACUACGAGCUAUAGAGAAAAAGAGUCGCAUUUUUUCCUUCCUACAGAAAAAAAACAUUUAGCUAAAACAAACACACUCACUCUAGCUGACAACAGGUACUCGAAACUAUAGAAAUCCACAAAAUUGAACUACUACCACUAUACGGAAACCAUAGCGCCUACCGCGAAUCAAACUGGGAAAAGUUAACCGAAAUAGUCAAUCGAAACAGAUAGUUCAAUUGAUGACAGAAAAAAAACACAUGCAUACACAUUUCCAUACAUUUCAGGUGGCUUGUGCAACAGAAUAUUUCAUUUGUAAGAAAGAAUUAGUGAGACAAGUAUGAGUAGGAGUUUAUCACAUUUUCUGGCAUUGCAUUUCCGGGGAUCCGAUUUCCCGAGAAGAAGGAAACACUUCCUAUGCUGUUGAACUAUUGAAAUUGCUUGAACUAUUGGAAUCAGAGAUGGCUCAUUCCAGAAAACAAAUUUUAAGGAAUGAUACUAUCAUUAAGUCACAUUGCAUAUUUCUGAUAAAUAUGUAUACUUUGUAGAGGAUUCUGAGCGAUAGAAGAUUGCGGUUUCAGGUAGCGAAAAGAAAUUCACCACUUGGUAGAUCGGAUGCCAAUCUAGGUAAAAAUUCAGAGAGCAUUAGGCAGAUUUUUCAGCAGGGUUGUGCAAUUUCAGGAUUGCUAAUGCCUAACGACACUCACUCUGAUUCUCACUUCAAACGACAAACACCGUCCAUCAAAACAGAAUCAAACUAUGCCAAAGCAAUUCAAGCUAACACCGACAAAAUCCAUCAGCAAUGAUCGUUUCUUCUGCUCUAAGCACACGAUAAAACACGAAACUUUGUCUGCUUGAUUUUUUUCUUUUACGACUUAUAUUCAUAUUUUUCUCUCGUUUGUCGGAUGAAGAUCACCGCGUCUAGAUUUUAGAACUAUUGUGAUAUUCCCUUUUGCUGUGGUAACAUGUUUGUCCUGAGAUACCUUGGUAUCAACUGAACUCAAGGCUACCUAUUAUGUAUUGAUGAACAGAGAUCCUGAGUUACAGUAUGUGAUUCCCCCAUUCUGGCUAGAUUAUAAAGUCAACCACGUCCUUGGGAGACAAGAGCAUCCAUAUUUAUCAGGUAUCAGGUAUCAUAAGGCCGGCUCCAGAGGCACGUUAUCCUCCAUUUGGGACAUUCGUGCCAUCGCCAUACAUGUUAGCCUAUUUCAUCAUUUACUUGAGGGAGAAAGGGACAAGGAAUGGAAUGGGAUUAGGAAAGGGUACCCUUCCCGAUCAGCCUAGAUAGCUGUGUAGUGUCUGUAGCGGUUAGUUUAACUGGCUAAGAAUAGCACUACGGACCGCCUGUUCCAGUGGUAGGAAUCCACUAAUCAGUUGACCCCUAAUUCAUGGUGUUAUGCGGCUUUACGCUUACCGUGCCUAGGAAUGAAUGGUUAGGGGGGUCUUAUAAAAACCUAAUCGCAAACGGAGCCUGUGGAGUACCAGGGCGCCCUCCACAGUAUUUGCCCUUACUGUGCUAACCGGAGCAAUAGCGUGGUGGACCUUGUGUUUCUCCGAGACAAUCAGCUGCCCUUCUUCAAUAUCAUACUUGAGGCUGAAUAAGGGCGGGAUUAUGAAGAUGUUAUUAAUUAGUUUAAAUUUUCACCUAUAUGGUUUCGCAUUAUGCGUUUUACACAGUGUAUCCUGUGCAUCCUCGCCUUUGGCGCACUCAAAUCGAUACCGAUCUGGCUUUAUUGUUGCUGUGAUUGUUAAGAGUUUAAUCUUGCCUAGUUUGGGUAGUGGCUACGGUUAGGAUAGCUCAGAUCAAUCUUCAGCACAAAAGAACAGCAACGAUUAAUCUUUGUAGACUUAUGCAAAAUGGUACAGCCCAAGUGGCGUUAGUCCAAGAACCUUACUUUCGUAAGGGGAAUUUCUAUCUAGGAAACCUUGUGAAUCCGCUGUUUGCUACUUUCAGUAAAAAUGAAAUGGCAAACACACGUGUCAUGCCUCGAGCAUGUGUGCUUGUCAACAACGCAAUCAUUGCUACAGUUAUCUCUGAACUAACUACCAGAGAUGUAUGUGCUAUCACAAUCGAUGUAUCUGUUGGAAACCUCAACAGGAUAUACGUUUAUUGUUCGGUUUAUUUACCGCAUGAUGAACCAUCCCCUACGGAUGCUUUCAAGUAAGUCAUUGCAUACUGCAGUUCAAAAGGCCUUCCGCUAAUUGCACUAGUUUACAGCAUUUUUGAACUCGGUAAGCUGAUGAUCGUUUUUGAUAUAGAAUCGUGCCCUGAGCUCGAAAACCCAAAGGGAAAAAAAUACAGUAGAGCGGAUUUUUUUUCGACUUUCCAUACAAGGUUGAUGAUUUUAAAUCGAUUUUUGUUCUAUUUUUAAGCAAAGUCGCUCACUUCACACAUCUCAUUCUCCGUAAUCAAUGCUCCGAUUGAGCUGAAUUUUUUACUGUAACUCGCCUACAUAUGAUAUGUCAAAUAAACGUUGACAAAGAAUUUUUUAAAUAUUUUUUUCUUAUCGAAAAAAACACAUUUCUUCAUAUAUUUUUGGAAAAUUUGCUAAAGUUUAAGGAGAACGUCCCCAAAACUCGCCAAUAUCUUGAAUUUCGUCAAUCUGACGCAAAACCUGCUUUCAGAUGAUCGAAUGGUACUAUAUUCAGCUUUUAAUUUAUGGAAAAAGAUUUAAAAUUGGUUGAAUAAAACGCAAGAUAUUUUAAUUUAUUAAAUUCCAUAUUUUAAAAAGCUGUAACACUCGAUAUUGAGCUAAAACUCAAAAACUGAUCUACUUUUAAUUUUUCAAAGCACAUUUCCAAAUCAGCGCUAAAUUAUGCUUCAAAAAUUUUGGCCAUUGACAGAAGUUCACGACUUUCGUUUUAUUUUGAAAACUAGUGUUGUUGAUAGUGAUGCUAAUGCUCACCAUAUAAUCUGGGGCAGCUCAGACAUUAAUUUGAGAGGCUCCAGUUUGAUGGAAUACUUAAGUAGUACAGAUCUUGGAUUACUUAACAUAGGCAACCGCCCAACCUUCAUGGUAUCUGGUAGAGAAGAAGUGUUAGACAUAACGCUUUGCUCUAGCAGAAUUAGUCUUGAGCUGACCAAUUGGCAUGUGUCAGAUGAAGAAUCUUUAUCUGACCAUCGCUACAUCUUUUUUGAAUAUCCAAAUGUUACUUCGCAAACAUUGCGUUUCAGGAAUCCCCGGUCAACAAACUGGGAUCUUUUUACUGAUUUGGUUGCGACUAAGGCACUCUAAGGAUUUCCGAGUGAACGAACUUCGUUUGUCAAAUGGCGAUCAGACUUCCUCUGAUGAGGAAGCUCUGGGAUGCUUAUUCAGCACACACUUCCCUGGAUGUGUGGAUAUUACAUCUUCGGAUGAACCUGAUGUCUUUUCUUGUAGUUAUGAUUCUUUAGCUUUGGCUAGGGGUAUUGUAACUAUAGAAUCGAUUGAGUGGGCUCUUAAUAGCUUUGCUCCUUUCAAAUCUCCUGGGGCAGAUGGGAUUUAUCCUAUUAUGCUUCAGAAGGGAUUUGAUCAUUUAAAACAUGUUUUGAAAAAAAUACUUGUUUGCAGUUUUGCUACAGGGUAUAUUCCCAAAUCCUGGCGGGAUAUUACUGUGAAGUUUAUUCCGAAAGUGGGUUGUCGUAUGAAGAAGCAAAGAGCUUCAGACCUAUCAGCUUGAUCUCUUUUCUUCUGAAAUGCUUAGAACGCAUGUGGAUCAUCACAUCCGUGAUGUUCAUCUGGCCAACGUGCCUCUUCAUGUGAACCAACAUGCCUACCAAUCUGGUAAGUCCACUGUGACUCUUUUACACAAGGUUGUUUACGAUAUCGAGAAAGCAUUCGCUCAAAAGCAAUCUUGUUUGGGUGUUUACUUAGAUAUCGAGGGUGCCUUUGACAAUGUGCCUUUCGAUGCCAUAUUGGAAGCCGCACGGAGUCAUGGUAUAUCUCCAAUGAUUUCCAAUUAGAUUCAUCAAAUGCUCAAAAACCGAUAUCUCUUCUCGACAUUGCGUCUAGCAGGGAUUAGGAAAUUGAGUGUUUGUGGAUGCCCCCAAGGGGGAGUCUUGUCUCCGCUUUUGUGGAAUCUCGUAGCAGAUACGCUAUUGAGGUAACUCAAUAAUAGCGGUUUUCAUACUUAUGGUUUUGCCGACGACUAUCUAGCAU